CUGCAGCGUAUCCUUCUCUGUACCAAGCGCUGUUCCACCUAACGGGAAGCGACGACGGCAGCUUAAUCUUUCAAUUGGAAAAAGGGUGAACGGUGAGACGAAAACGUUAAUAUUUGUCUUCGCCUCUCCGCCGCCGGCCGCGAUGAUCCACAGCCUGUUCCUAAUCAACGCCUCCGGGGACAUUUUCCUGGAGAAGCACUGGAAGAGCGUCGUCAGCCGCUCCGUGUGCGACUACUUCUUCGAGGCGCAGGAACGCGCCUCUGAGCCGGAGAACGUCCCCCCGGUGAUACCCACGCCGCACCACUACCUGAUCAGCGUGCUCCGCCACCGCAUCUACUUCGUGGCGGUCAUCCAGAGUGAGGUGCCGCCGCUUUUCGUCAUCGAGUUUCUGCACAGGGUCGUCGACACCUUCCAGGACUAUUUCGGAGUGUGUACAGAGGCCGCCAUUAAGGACAACGUGGUGGUGGUUUACGAACUACUGGAGGAGAUGCUGGACAAUGGCUUUCCGCUGGCCACAGAGUCCAACAUCCUAAAAGAGCUCAUAAAGCCUCCCACUAUUCUCCGCACGAUGGUCAACACAAUCACAGGCAGCACCAAUGUUGGCGAACAGCUCCCCACAGGCCAGCUGUCAGUGGUGCCGUGGCGACGCACCGGAGUCAAAUACACCAACAAUGAGGCCUAUUUUGACGUAGUGGAGGAGAUCGACGCCAUCAUCGAUAAAUCGGGCUCCACUAUUACAGCAGAAAUUCAGGGAGUUAUUGAUGCUUGUGUAAAACUGACAGGCAUGCCCGACCUCACGCUUUCAUUCAUGAACCCUCGGCUGCUGGAUGACGUCAGCUUCCACCCGUGUGUCCGGUUCAAGCGCUGGGAAGCGGAGAGGAUCCUCUCCUUCAUUCCUCCGGAUGGAAACUUCCGCCUGCUCUCGUACCACGUCAGCUCUCAGAACCUGGUGGCGAUCCCUGUGUACGUCAAGCACAACAUCACCUUCCGAGAGGGAAGCUCCCAAGGACGUUUUGACUUGACUCUGGGCCCCAAACAGACCAUGGGCAAGGCGGUGGAGGCGGUCCUCGUCAGCAGCCAGCUGCCCCGGGGCGUCCUCAACGCCAACCUCAACGCCUCCCAGGGAACAUACACGUUUGAUCCGGUCACAAAGAUGUUGACAUGGGAUGUUGGCAAGAUCAACCCACAGAAGCUUCCCAGUCUGAAGGGCAGCAUGAACCUGCAGGCCGGGGCCUCCAAACCCGACGAGAACCCCACCAUCAACAUCCAGCUCAAGAUCCAGCAGAUGGCCAUCUCAGGGCUGAAGGUGAAUCGAUUGGACAUGUACGGCGAGAAGUAUAAACCUUUCAAAGGCAUCAAGUACAUGACGAAGGCUGGCAAGUUCCAGGUGCGAACAUAAGGACACCUGCUCCGUGACCACUGGACCAAACCACCACGAGACUGAGGGCUGAUGUGACGGGGGGAAGGGGAGUUGGUACAUUCCCUGAGUAUAUGCAUUUCAGGAUUUAACAAAAAGGAGGCUCCGUGGAGCAGCAAAUAACGGACGUAGAAACUUUACUGUAAGUGAAAGUGUCGAGAGAGUUUGAACCUCAGGCCGAGCCAACUCGCCUCGACUGAGACUUUCUCUGAUAAUUCUAAUCUUGAGCCCAAAAUCAGGGCAGUUGAAUGAGACGUUUUCGACACUCAAGCGUUUCAAAUUUAACUAUCAACAAGCCCGACUGUGAUGCUGCACUGUUCCAGCUGUAGGUAUCCCCCCCCCCCCCCCCCCCGCGUUUCAUCGUCUAUGGCACGUGUGUGCUUGUCACUGUUUUCACCCUCAAAACGAGGUGAUGUGGAUACGGGACGAAUACCAUAUUGAAAGAAAGCUUCUCCUUUAGUAAGUUAAGAUGGCGUGAGCGGUAUGGAUCCCAUGUUUGAUAAAACAACAGCGUUUCUCUUGCAGGACACUAGUACAUAAACAAGGAACCAGCGGCAGGUGAUCUGAUGAAUAUGCUGUUGGAGCCUAGAAUGUAAAGUAAAAUGUAUAUAUAAAUCAGUUGGGGAGCAUAUUCUAGCAAAAUAAAGCAAAAAUGUCCUUUUCUGUCCACAAAUCGUGUUCCUAAGGUUGGUAGAACAUGGUCAUGUGCUGCUUUUCUCUGAACCGUAUUAUUUGAUCACAGUUCAACGGACCAAUGGAAACUGGUGUCACUGUAUUUUAUUUUAUGCGUCCUCCUCUCGUUCAGUUUUUAUUUUCUCUUUCUCUUGUUUCAAUAGUCUGAUGACUUUGUCCGCACACUGACAUGUGACACUGGAAGUGUCCUCGGCCGUGCACUUUACCGUCUGCUGGUUCUAACAUUUCCUUUUUUAAAUGCAGGUGACUUCAGCUUGUUACUAACCUAUUUAUUACCUCCAGGCAUUUCUGGGAGAAUUUCUGAAACAUGUUCAGCCUUUUUAUUCUACCUUAAUGAUUUAUUCAUCAAAAUGACGAAUCCAUUUGCUGAAGUAAAUUUCUUGGUGCUCCUUGAUUCUGCAUACUACCAUUUAAAUUCCUCCUCAAAGCUUUAACUGUGUGGGAGCUUGUUGUUUAACCAUGUUAUGACCAAACUGGAUCAGGUUUUGAUCUCGACGUGCAGAAUGAUAUUUGGAAUCCUGUCAACUUUGGUCCCAAAUGACAUCACAAGUGCAUCAAACUCCUGCGUGUUAAUAUCUAUUUAAAACAUCUCAAAUUAAACCGGACAUAUGAAACUAUUAUGAUAUGUAUUGGUAUGCAUUAUGGUAUCGUGGCCGGGUGGCUCUGAAGACAUGUUGAAGGUUUGCAUUUUGUGUUUACAGCAUUUUUGUUUACGUGUUUGUUAAACAGCCUCCAAUGGAGUGUUACACUGGUGAAAAAAUAAAGAUUUGAUGUGUCAUAA